CAGCUGCAGUCCACGUGGCAAUCGAUAGUGACACCUCGUUCGUCUCCACCUUGAAGAAGAGAAUAGAAUAGAACAGACGUCGGAGAGAAGAGAACCAACAGAGGUCGUAGUUUCUAGAGAGAGAAAGUGGAGUGUGUGGGUGUUUUUAGAGAGAAUUACUUGAGGUGGGUUUAAUUGAGAGAGAGACAGAGAAGGGGUUGAUCGAUGUUGAUUGUUUGUUUCUAGGGAAAUUUUUUUGUGCUGGAGGAAGAUGUAUGUUGGAGGAUCAGUGCGAAAGUCUUUCAAGGAUUCUCUCAAAGUUCUUGAAGCCGAUAUUCAGUACGCAAAUACUCUGGCAUCGGAUUUUCAAAGAGAGUAUGAUGGUGCCUGCCUACAGAUGAGAAUUUCCUACAGUCCAGCUGCACACUUGUUCCUUUUCCUAGUACAAUGGACAGACUGCAACCUAGCUGGUGCUCUUGGGCUUUUGAGAAUCCUAAUCUACAAGGUUUAUGUGGACGGCACCACAACCAUGUCUACCCAUGAGAGAAAAGCAAGCAUUAGAGAAUUCUAUGCUGUAAUUUAUCCCUCUUUACUGCAACUUCAAAGAGGCGUGACUGAUAUGGAGGAUAAAAAGCAAAAGGCAGUAUGCAUGGAAAGGUAUAGGAGAAGAGAUGAUGAGGAACACCGGCAAUGUUCGGAUAUAGAUAUUGAAAGGGAAGAAGAAUGCGGAAUCUGCAUGGAGAUGAACAGUAAGAUUGUGUUGCCCAAUUGCAACCAUGCCAUGUGCUUGAAAUGCUACCAUGAAUGGCGUUCGAGAUCACAAUCAUGCCCCUUUUGCCGGGACAGUCUGAAAAGAGUUAACUCUGGUGACCUCUGGAUUUUCAUGGACAGUAGGGAUGUCAUUGACAUGGCCACAGUAACAAGGGAGAAUCUAAGAAGGCUGUUCAUUUAUAUAGAUAAGUUGCCUUUGAUUGUUCCAGAUACACUUUUUGACACCUAUGAUGGUCAUCUAAGGUAGGUCACUGGUAUUUUCUGGACUCUUGGUUUCUUGUGGCCCUAUGCAGUGGUUUAUUUCCAUUCUUAAUUAGAUGAACCCAGCCCAAGUUAUUGUGGGCAUGGGGUUGAAACUGAGCUAGUGAUCCAAAAGUUGUAUUUUUAAGUUUCACCUAACCAAUGUAAAUGCUUGUACAGCUUGAUAGUUUGUUUAUUGGAUAUUCACAGACUUCCUCUUUCCUUUAAUGCCACCGAAGUUUAUUUCAUAUAUUCAAUU